CAAAAAAAAAACAUUCUGUUCCAGUUGCAUAGACGUUUUAAGCCACAGCCUGCGGUGUAGAAUCGCAGGAUCCUGCAGCUGGAAGGGACCCCCAGGGGCCAUCUAGUCCCACCCGCUGCAAGGCAGGAAUCUCAGCUCAGGGCAUCCAUGAGCACCAUGAGAGAUACAGCGUGAGAAUAACAAAGCUGGGGGUAUUUUUAGACACUGGCCGCUGAAGAGACACUGGGAAAACUAAUGCUUUCGCAGGCGCCUCCACCGCAGAAUCCCCGCUUCCUUGGGCGGCGCCGGCCCUUUGGAACUCCCUGCCACUGGAGACCCAGCUGGCGAAGCCUUCGCUAAGCGGAAGCUCCAGCUCAUCCCGGAAGCUGGACGCUGCGUGUCACUCUUCCCUUUUCUGAGUCAGGGGUGGUCGGGGAAGCGAAGGCGCGUGAACGCGGCGCGCGCGACCAUGAAGUCAGGAGCAGUCCAGCCUCCCGCCACCAGGCGCCCUGCAAGACGGCUUGCGCUACAGCUUAUUCCAUCAGUUGCUGGCGCCGAUGGGAGUUGUAGUCCGAAAAGUGAACCAUGGAAUGAAAUACCCUCCAAUAUUUCUUCAAUGAAAAGAGGGACGUCCUAUUCCAUAACAAUGCUUUUAUUAUUUAUACCUCGUCCAUCCGACUGGGCUGCCUCAGCCACUCUGGGGUGAUUCUAACAUAUUUAAAAACAUAAUAAAACAUUAAACAUUUUUUAAAAACUUUCAUAUGCAGGGCUGUUGCCUCCAGAUGACUGGAUGAUUCCAUGCCCUCCAGUAUUUCCCCGAGGAAAAUAGGGAUGUCCUAUGGUUUUGCAGGACAUUCCGGGAUUACAAUGCAGGACGGCUUCUGUAAAUCCGGGAUUGUUUCUGGAAAACCAAUCCAAGCCGAGUGUAGUUGUUCCAAUAAGGGGAUCACAUGCACCCAAUAGGUGGCCCCAGUUCACACCCUCUUUGCAUAUAGCAUACCUGCUACUCUGCAUUCUCACAAGCAUUUUGUAAAAUGUGUUGUUAUUGCAUCCUGCAAUCUGAAUAUUAAUGUACAAUUGUAUUAGUAGUGAGCCUUUUAUGUUCACAUGUUAAUUUAUAUUCUUUUUGGUAGCUCAUCCCAUAACUACGUUAUAGCCAAUUAAGGCAGAAACUAGCAAGAUGACAUCAAACCCUCCUGGGCAAGGGUUUCAGAAUAAAAACAGGGUUGCGAUUUUGGCAGAGCUAGAUAAGGAGAAGAGGAAGCUGCUGAUGCAAAACCAGUCUUCCACAAAUCACCCUGGAGCCAGAGUUCUGCAGCCACUCUACCAAACAUAUGAACUCCCCAUCAUGAAGACUAUGGACCCCUGCAUCUCUCUCGCCAGAUCUUCCUUUAACAAGGAUUUCCGUGAUCAUGCUGAACUACAGCACAUUGCUGCACAGCAGAAGGCUGCUCUACAGCACGCUCAUGCACAUUCCUCAGGAUACUUCAUAACCCAAGACUCUGCCUUUGGAAACCUUAUUCUCCCUGUGUUGCCACGGCUUGAUUUAGAGUGAGAAACCAUCCUUGGAACGAAGAGCGAGCAUCCGUGUUUCUCCAGUCUUACAGCUGCUCUUUUGCCCAACCCUGCUUCUGGUUUAUGAAAAGAAGAGGACUCAAAAAUGAAUGUUGUUAUUUUUUGUUCACUGUAAUGGCUUUCCAUUUUGGAUUCAGGUAUUUUGUUUCCAGCGAAUGUUAAACUACUUAAAAUAA